GCGGAAGUGCUGCAGUUAAGGUGUCUGUACAUGCUUUACACUACAGUGCAUAGCAGGGAUGCAGCGGGUAGGCGCUGUACAGCAGAAGAUCCCAUGUGUAUUCCUCACUGGGGUAACGGAUGAGCCCUCCUCCAAGCGGGAACAUCAGAUGUUUAAAGUGGUGGCUACGGAGACUGUCAAUCCCUUGGCGCUGAAUGCAGAUAUUCACAAUGCGCUGCCCACUGAGAAAAUAGAUGGUACAUGCUGCUAUGUCGCUUUUCACAAAGGUUGCCCAUACUUGUGGGCUCGUUUUGACAGGAAGCCAACGAAGCAAGCAGAUAAGAAAUUUAAAAAACAUGUUUCUUCAAAAGGAAGCUCCAAAGACUUCACUUGGAAUGUUGAUGAAGACUUCAGACCUGUGCCUGACUUCUGGAUUCCAGCAAAAGGUGUGAAAAAGGUGGAUGGAAAGCCAUACCCUGAUGAAAUUGGCCAUACACCAGGUUGGGUGCCUGUGGAGAAUGGCAAUAAGCAGUACUGCUGGCAUUCAUGUGUUGUGAAUUAUAAAUUAGGCGUUGGUAUCAUACUAAAGCCACAAUUAGAAGACUCGGAAUCUUUGGAGAUUUGUCUUGUUCACUUGUCGGAUCUUCUUGAUCAAACUCUGGAACUCAUAGGAACCAAUAUAAAUGGAAACCCAUAUGGUAUUGGCAAUAAGAAGAAUCCCAUUCAUCUCCUUGUCCCUCAUGGCACAUUUCUCAUUAAGAAUCUUCCAGCCCUGAAUCAUAAUAGCUUCAUAUCCUGGUUUAACCAUUGUCAGGAGGGAAAAGUCGAAGGAAUUGUAUGGCACUGCAAGGAUGGAUCUUUAAUAAAGCUUCAUCGCCAUCAUCUUGGAUUAGCCUGGCCGCUUAAGGAAACAUACCUGAAUUCAAAGCCAGUUUUGAUCAGAAUGAAUUUAUGUAAAUAUGAAUAUGAAGAGGCUUCCAACAGUUUAUUGACACAACUUGCAAAAACAGAUGCUUUUCAUUAUGACAGCUUAAAAGAUGUUUUAUUGGACUAAAAAGGUAAUAUUGAUA